AAAAAAAACCCAAAUGAAAACCAAAUUUAAAAAUUUGUUUGGUUGGUGAUGAAAAUGUUGGUAAAACCACCUUAAUCAACUCAUUUAUUUUGGAAAGCUUUAUGGAAGUUACACAAAAAGUUUUACCUGAAGUUACUAUCCCUGCAGAGUUUGGAAAUCAAAUUUGUACAACUAGAAUUAUUGAUACACAUGACGAUGGAAAAAAUGGUAAAACUCAAAUGAAUAUGGAAAUUAGAAUAGCUGAUGCAAUUGUAAUUGUUUAUUCUGUUGACCGUUUUGAUACAUUUUUAAAUAUUCGUAUGAAAUGGAUCCCAUUAAUUAAUCAAUUAAGAGGUUCAAAUAAACCACCAAUUAUUAUUGUUGGUAAUAAAUUAGAUUUACAUCAAGUUGAAUUCGAUGCAAACAAAUCUCAAAUUGAAGAAACCAUUCAAUACUUUAGAAGUACAUAUCCAAAUACAAUUCAAUGGGUUGAAUGUAGUGCUAAAACAUUAGAAAAUUUACCAGAUCUUUUAUACUCAGCUCAAACUUCAGUAUUUUUCCCAGAACGUGUAUUAUAUAAUAGAGAGGAAAAUAAAAUGACAGAGGGCUGUGAAAAAGCAUUAAAGAGAAUUUUCAAAUUAUGCGAUCAUGACAAUGAUGGUUCACUCUCUGAAGAAGAAAUCAACUAUUUCCAAACUAAAUGUGGCCACGAAUCCAUGACCUCUGAUGAAAUUCAAAAUAUUCAACAAUUUGUUCUCUCAAAGAUCCCAGAUGGUGUUGACUCUAAUGGCUUCACUGAAAAGGUCCAUGCCAACAUACUUUGGACUUCUCUUAGAGCCUUCCAAUAUGACGACGAUCUCAAUUUAUUAGACGAAUAUCUCCACCCACAAAUUAAUGUGCCACCACAACACAAUACAGUCCUCAGUGCUUCGGGUAAUGCAUUCUUUAAAGCCCUCUUUGAAAAGUAUGAUUCUGAUUCCGACGGUAUUUUAUCAAGUCCAGAUUUGGUUUCCUUAUUUUCAACAACUCCAAGAAUUCCAUGGGAAAUUGGUUUUGAAAAACAUUUUAAUACUGACAAAGAUUCAAACUUAACAUUAUCAGGAUUUUUAUCAUUAUGGAAUUUACAAACUUAUGACGAUUAUAAAGUUACUUUAGAGUAUUUAGCUUACUUUGGUUCCCAAACCGAACAAAAUAAUCUCGAUAUGAUUGGUUUUUCAAAAUCAAGAGAGUUGGAUAUCAAAAAUGGUCAAUUCUCCAGAAAUAUCGUAAAUUGUUAUGUAUUUGGCGAAGAAGCCGUUGGUAAAACUACUUUUUUAAAUACCUUUAUCGGAAAAACUUUUUCUCAUCUUUAUAAUCCAACCAGUAAUGAUAGUUUUAGAGUUUGUGGCCAUUUAUUAAAAAAUAAAUAUUUAAUUUUAAAUGAAUUUGUUGGUGAUAAAAUUCCAGCUACAGAGUUAAAAAAUAAAGCAGAUUUAGUUUGUUUAUUAUAUGAUGUCAAUAGUGAUCAAUCAUUUAAAUUUAUCGAAAAUAUAUAUAACCAAAUCAAACAAAAUCAAUUAAAUAUUCCAAUCUUAUUCAUCAAAACUAAAACAAAUAAUGCAACUACAGGUGGCAGUGGCAGCAGUCAUACAGAUUCAAAGGUAAUUGAAAGCUUUUUCAAAUCAAAUAAAAAUUUCACACCAAAAGAGUUUUCAAUCUCUUCUUCAAACUCCAUCUAUCACGAGAUGAUGGAAACAAUUAUCAAUAGUACCUAUAAUGUUCCAGCUAAACAAGAAAACAACAACUUAGCUAAAUAUUUACUUAUUGCUGGUGGUAUCGCUGGCGUUGGUUUUAUAAUUACAAAAUAUGUUUUAAAAAAAUAAUAACAAUUUAAUAAUAAUAAUAAUAAUAAUAAUAAUAAUAAUAAUAAUAAUAAUAAUAAUAAUAUUAUUAACUAUAAUAAUAUUAAAAAUAUAAUAAUAAUAAAUAUCUUUUUUUUUAUUUUCAAUUAUAAAUUUAAUAAUUUUAUAAUAUAAUUCUAAAAAAAAAAAAAUAAUUAAAUAUUUUAAAUAAAAUUUAAUUAAGAUAAU